AUGAAUUACUUCCAAAGCUUUGAAAUUCGAUACCACAGAAGUUCAGCUAUAGCUUCUUUACCCCAAGAAAUUGAUGAUUGGCCAACAUUUUCCCCUACCACUCCCCAUUUUUUCAAGAUCAUUCUAAAUGGCAACACUUCCAGUGACGCAAAACUUAGGAUUCCAAAGAAAUUUGUGAUGAAAUAUGGGGAUGAUCUAUCAAAUCCAGUAUCUCUUGAGCUUUUAAGUGGAAAUGGUUCAGCAUGGAAAGUAGACCUCAGAAGAUUGGAUGGUGAUGUGUGGUUUGACAAGGGUUGGGCAAACUUCUUUGAGUUUUACUCUCUAGACAGGGGUCACUGGCUAGUUUUUGGAUAUCAAGGGAAUUCCAAAUUCCAGGUUUGCAUAUUUGAUAGAACUUGCAUAGAGGUUGACUAUCCUUUGAGAAAGCAGAAGAUGGAAGAAACUGAUGAUACAGACGAUGAUUUUCAUGAAGAUUCUAGUGAUGAUUCUGUAAAAGAACAACCAGACGAUUCUACUUGCCCAAGAAAAACGAGGAAGAAAUCUUCAUUGCCUUGUCCUAGGCCUCAGAAGAAAAACAGGACAAGUUCAAGAGGGAAAUAUGGUUAUCCUGCUAAAUUAGGCAGUGGAAUCACAUCAAGCACUCGAAGAUUCGAAAAAUAAACAAGUGGGUUUCUUGGGAGUAUCCGUCCAUUGCCUAAAAGUGGAAAAGCUACAACUCUUCAGAGAGCUAAUGCUUACAAAUUUCAACACCCUUUUUCUAUCAUUGUUGCCAUGAAGCCCUCCUAUAUCACAUGGUACAUUUUGG